GCCGACCAGGCGCUCGCGUCGCUGGGCUACAAGUCCGAGCUGCCUCGCCAUCUCUCCAUGAUGUCCAUCCUGGGCCUCUCCUUCGCCAUCAUGGCCGUUCCCUUUGGCCUCAGCACCACGCUGUACAUCACCCUCACCAACGGCCAGUCCGUCACCAUUCUCUGGGGCUGGAUCCUCGUCUCCCUCAUCUCCGUCUGCAUUGCCGCCUCGCUCGCCGAAAUCUGCGCCGUCUUUCCCACUGCAGGCGGCGUCUACUACUGGUCUGCCAUGCUGAGCUCCCGCGAGUGGGCGCCUCUGGUCAGCUUUGUGGACGGAUGGCUCACUCUUGUCGGCAACUGGACGGUGACGCUGAGUAUCAACUUUUCCGGCGCGCAGCUUAUCUUGAGCGCCAUCAGCAUCUUCAACGAAGACUUUGUGGCAAAUACGUGGCAGACUGUCUUGUGUUUUUGGGCCGUGAUGCUGGUAUGCGCUUUAGUCAAUGCGUUUGGGUCGCGAUACUUGGACCUCAUCAACAAGGUCUGCAUAUACUGGACCGCUGCCAGCGUCAUCAUCAUCAUGGUCACCCUGCUUACCAUGGCCGACCACCGACACUCGGGUGAAUAUGUCUUUGCUCACUAUGAUGCCUCAGCCAGCGGAUGGCCGACGGGCUGGUCCUUUUUUGUCGGACUCCUCCAAGCUGCUUAUACUCUCACCGGCUACGGAAUGGUUGCCGCCAUGUGCGAAGAAGUGCAAAACCCCGAGCGCGAAGUCCCCAAAGCCAUUGUCCUCUCCGUCGUUGCCGCCGGCUUUACUGGCGUCAUCUACCUCAUCCCCCUCCUCUUCGUGCUUCCCGAUGUCCAAACCCUGCUCAGCGUUGCAAAUUCCCAGCCAAUUGGUCUACUCUUCAAGACUGUCACCGGAUCCGCAGCUGGUGGCUUUGGUCUCUUGUUUCUCAUCCUUGGAAUAUUAAUGUUCGCUGGCAUUGGCGCCCUCACGGCUGCCUCGCGUUGCACAUAUGCUUUUGCUCGAGACGGUGCCAUUCCCGGAUAUAAGCUUUGGCGCAAGGUGAAUAAGUCUUUUGACGUGCCCAUCUGGGCUCUUGUCCUCUCUACGGCAGUCGACUGUAUCCUCGGAUGCAUCUAUUUCGGCUCGUCGGCUGCCUUCAACUCCUUCACUGGCGUCGCCACAAUCUGUCUCUCCACCUCAUAUGGUGUCCCCGUCCUGGUCAAUCUUGUCCAGCGGCGCAAGGCCGUACGACACUCACCUUACCCUCUUGGCAAAGUCAUGGGCCCUAUUAUCAACGUCAUCUGCAUCAUCUGGAUCGUCUUCUCCGUCGUCAUCUUCUGCAUGCCUGUGUCGCUGCCGGUAGACCCCACGACGAUGAACUACGCUUCGGUGGUGUUUGCCGGAUUUGGAGCCAUUGCCUUUAUUUGGUACUUUGCGUAUGCGCGCAAGAACUUUACAGGUCCUCCGGUUAGAAGCGGUGGAGAAGACGAUGCUAUUACGACAGUGGGAGUGGCAGUGGGUGAGCCCGGAAGAGGCUCGGAGUCACCGCAAACGAAUAUGGAAAAGGAUAUGAAAUAGGCUAGAACCUACGAUGAGUAAUAUGAGCAUAACGAGUAAUUCUUCUUCUUAAUUCAAUUGCUUUAGUAAUUCAUGAAUCUAUUACAUACUCCUGCUAUCUAUACCAGCGAAGCAUGCCCAUAAUCAUAACAGGUAUAUACAAAAAAGGCAAAAAAAGACAUUUUAUUUUCCCAUCACACCCAGGUUUUCCCCUUUAAACACUGAUAGUCCGGAACACGCUGAAUUCCUCACCGGUAGCAAUCAAGCUGCCCGGAAUCUGCGGGUGCCAGUGCACCUCCCUGACAUCCUUGAGGUAGUGAACAAACAGCAGCUGAGGCGGCACGUCCUUGACGCCAGCAGUGUCCUUGCUCUCCUCGUCGUCCAGCUCGACAGCCAGAUCCCACAGCGUAACGGUGUUAUCAGCCGCAGCCAGCGCAAUAAUAGAAUCGUCCGUGGGAUGCCACUCGAUACUGCAAAUUUGCUCCUUGUGGUAGUUGAAGCUGGCCACUGGCUGGGGCUUGCUGUCAUUGCCCUUCCAUUGUCUAAGAUCCCAGACAGCCCAGGUUCCGUCGUCGGCUCCGGAGGCGAGCAGGUUGGUGGUGUGCCUGGACCAGGACAUGACGUUGACGUCGUAGUUGGAGACUUGGACCGUGAUGGCGGGUUUCCUCGACUUGGAUCGAACGUCCCAGAUGCGAACGGUGCCGUCGCUGGAGGCAGAUGCGAAGACGGACUGCUCGGAGGGAGACCACUGGAUUUCCUCUACGCUGCUGGCGUGGCCCUGGAAUGGUCUGUUGUCGGUGACCCAGCCGCCGCCAUCAGUGCGCGUCGUCAUGUAGAUGAGGCCGUCGUUGUCGCCAGUCAGGAGCUUUCCACCGGGGACGAGCGGUGACCAGUCCACGGCAUAACCCUCAGACUUGUGUGCUCUAAUGGUAGAAAUAGGCUUAUUCUGCUGGGCCGUAAUGACAGUGCCGGGCGUAUCGAACGAGGU